AACAAACAUCGUCGAGGGCUCAGCGGAUACAGAACCGGAGAGAGAGAGGGGACACACACAAGAUAGGGCAACGUAAUUAUAGCAAAUCUAUCUUAGACCCGGAGGAUUUACCAAGAAAAAAGACCUGGAUUGGCCAAAAAUACGCGGAACCCGACUGCGCUACUCCACAUCUUCUCAUCGCAAUCUUUCAUCAUCAUCUUUUUGCAGCAAUGGCCCAGGAGACGAACCAGAGCCAGGUGCCCAUGCUUUGUGCCACUGGCUGUGGUUUCUAUGGCAACCCCAGAACCAAUGGCAUGUGCUCCGUGUGCUACAAAGAUCACCUGACACGAGGGCAGAACAGUGACCGCAUGAGCCCGCUCACACCUAUGGGCUCUCUUGGCAGCCCCAGCUCAGAGGCCGCAGCUAUCAAGAGACUAGAAGCUAGCCUCGCCAAGGUGGACGCAUCCCCCGUGUCCUCCCCCAACAUGUCUAGAAGUCUCCACGGGUCGCUACCUGUGACCCAACAAAUGACAGAGAUGAGCAUUUCUAGAGAGGACAAGCCUGAAGCCUUGGACCCCGUCGUCAGCCAGCCGACCGCUUCUGGCUCAGGUGGCGGUUCCUCUUCAUCCUCCAGCGAGGAGGGCAAGGGAGACCCCCCCAAACCCAAGAAGAAUAGAUGUUUUAUGUGCCGCAAGAAAGUUGGUCUCACAGGAUUCGACUGUCGCUGUGGCAACCUGUUUUGCGGGAUCCACCGGUACUCGGACAAGCACAGCUGUCCUUACGACUACAAGGCGGAGGCCGCGGCCAAGAUCCGCAAGGAGAACCCGGUUGUGGUGGCGGACAAGAUCCAGAGAAUAUAGGCUCUCCACGGAACGACGGCGACCACCAGGACAACCGCAGCGGCAACGACGGAAUCCAGGACAACGACAAAGACUGUAGUGCGAGCACUGGCACGAGGGCGGAGCGUAAGGAACGGACUCGGUUUUCCAAAACAGCCUCGAGAAAAUAAAAGAAAAAAGAGAAGAGGAAAAAGAGAAGACAUCCUGUCGGAGGGAGAUGCAUGAAUGAUCACUUUUCUCUUUAUUUUUUUGAUUUAUUAGUGUUAGCCCUUUUUUUUUUUUUCUUCUUCUGUGGUUUGUCUUUGCCGCUGUUUGAAUCCUUUUGUUUAGAAUAUAUAUUGUCUUAUGAAGCGCAGCCCCGGGUGACUGUCCGGGAUGCGCUGUGCUCCUCUCUCUCUCUCUCAACCUAACCCAGGCGCCAUUUUGUGCCAAACCAUAGGCAGCCAUUUUCCCUUUUCCCUUGUCCUGUGUCAGAGGGCGGGUGUCUGUACCCGCGCAGCAAGCAGCCACGUCCUCGUUCACCAAAACCUCUGUCCCAUCUUUUGUGUAUUUUCCUUUUUUUGUUGCAUUGGGGGUACGUUGACAACAGUGAACCAUACUACCAUCCGAGCCCGACGAUGCACAAGGGGCUUAGUUUUAGGUUUGUCGGCGUCCUUCCUGGCUUUACCUACCUCACGGCAGCCAUGUUGAGCUUUGAUAUCUUCCCUUCGUUCAACUUGUUUUCAUCUUCUGCUUUUUCCACCGGGACGGAUGAGGUGUCAUAUUGCUACAUCUCCCUCCAAGGUCGUCUAGCCCGCCCUGCACGACAACUAAGUGCAGACAUUUUAGCGUUUCUUAAAAAAAGUGCUUGGAGGUAGUGUUUUUCUUUUGGUGAAGGAGGUACAUGAGAACGUGUGGCCAAAGUGUUUGUUUGCGCCAACCUCGAGGAAAAUGACGUGGGUGGGGUGGGGAGGGAGGUACCCGGACUGGUCUGAGCUCAGAUUGUAAUUCCCACCGAGGCUCGUGUCGGGGGCUGUGUGCUGAUCCUGUUGCAGUUUCCAGGAUGUAUGGAAUGUUUUGAUGGAUGGAUAAACAGCACAUCAUUAUUAUCGGGCGUGAAUGGAUGGGAUAAGCGCAUGGGUCGAACUUCACUCUGCAAACGUGUGUAAAGGCUAAUAAUCGAAUGAAAUAGCAUCACUCAUUUAGUGUUUUUUGGUGAUUAUUAAUCCACUGAGAGACUAUUUUCUGUUUUAUCAAAUCGUGUGUCAUUUUCCUCUUUUAUUGGCAUAGUACUGACGUUAGCACCAUGUAUGCAGUGCGUUUGUGGAAUUAGGGUAUGUGAGCCAAGCUAUGUAUUAUUAUUAUUUUGUUUAUGCUCUAACAAAAGUUUGUGUGACACAGGUGUUGUGUGCGUGUGAUGUUGGGUGCGUGUGUGUGUGUGUGUAGUUGGGUGUGUAGUCCCCCAAUCUAUUUGUCUGUGGAACUACCCGGUUUUAACAGCACAUGUUUACAGAACUACAGGAGCAUGCCAGAUCUAGUUUUUCUUUUCUUCAUUGAAAACUAAUAGAUAACAGGAUUCAACGUAACUUCCCCGUCAUAUCUAACAGCUGUCCCGUGCAUUGGCUAUGGAGCCAAGAAGUGUGUGUGUGUGUGUGUGUGUGUGUGUGUGUGUGUGUGUGUGUGU